AGUGUGUCAUCACACAUCAUCACAGCCAUUGAAUUAGUUUCGCCCCAUGCAUAUAAACACCCUGCAAAAACCAAUGGAUUAACCAAAAUCUUCAACUCUACAUAAACACACAAUUUUUACUUCGUCUACAAAAUCUCCAAACCUUUGUUAUUCCUCUGCCCUUUUUUUAACUUGUUUUUCUUCAUCUUGGUAACAUUUUAGGGUUUUAGUCCUUUAUUUUUGUUGGUUUUUUCCCUUUGAAAAAGUGAAAAUGAUGAGUGGAAAUCCAAGUAGUGCAGCAAGAAAUAGGUAUCCUUUCACAGCAACUCAGUGGCAAGAGCUAGAACAUCAGGCCCUAAUCUUCAAGUACAUGGCCUCAGGAGUCCCCAUCCCGAAUGACCUUGUCUACUCUUUCAAAAGAAGGUUGGACUCCUCCAUUUCCUCAAGACUCUUCCCCCAUCACCCCAUGGGAUGGGGGUGCUAUGAGAUGGGAUUUGGCAGAAAAGUAGACCCAGAGCCAGGAAGGUGCAGAAGAACAGAUGGCAAAAAAUGGAGGUGUUCAAAGGAAGCGUAUCCAGAUUCCAAGUACUGCGAGAGGCACAUGCACAGAGGCAGAAACCGUUCAAGAAAGCCUGUGGAAGUUUCCUCUUCUUCUUCUGCAUUAUCAUCUCCUACUGCAGCAUCCACAGCAACAGCUGAGCACCUUUCUUCUCCUUCUGCCACCUCACCAUCAUCAUCUUCCCUUCACAGAAACCUCUGCAAAACCUCCUCUUCCUCCUACACCCUCACUCCACUCUCCUCAUCAAUCUCCACUCAACAAACCCACCAGUCAAAUUCAUCUCUCUACCCUUUCCUUAAUUAUCCUUAUUCUUCCUCCUCUUCCAGUUCUGCCCCUCAGCUUUUUCUGAACUCUGCAUCUUAUUCAGAUAAAGAUUACAGGUAUCUUCAAGGAGCAAAGGAAGGUGUGGAUGAGCUAGCUUUCUUUCCAGAUUCUUCAGCAGAUGAAAGAAACUUAUUAAUGAAUUCCUACAGAGGCUACUCCCCCACCCAACAAUCACAGGAGGACCAACAGCAACAUUGUUUUGUUUGGGGGACUGAUUUCAAAUCAGUUCAAACAGAGAAAGAAUCAGCAGCAGCAGCAGCAGCAGCUGAAUCCCAAAAGUCACUUCACCACUUCUUUGGAGAGUGGCAGCAGCCAACCAAGAGCUCUGGAGACACCUGGCUUGAUCUUGCUUCCAAUUCUGGAGGUCCUAAUGAUGGUUAAUAAUAAAGUGUUUCAUUUGUGGAGACUUAAUUUUGAAGGCCAAAGGAGUACUUGCCGUCGGUGGGUCAUUGGACUUUUUCUAAAUUCAGCUGGUGGCUAGGGAGCGGUCUUUAAUUUGUUGCUGAAGAGUGAAGGCUUUGUGAGUGAGUGAGUGUGUGAGUGAAUAAUGUAGGGCCCCAUGCACACAGGAGCAUUGCUGUCUUUUUGCUUUGUUUGAUAUAUUUCAUCAUCAUCUUCUUCUUCUGCUUUCCACCCCUCUGAGGAACAUGUCUGAUAUUUAUGGACUUGCUUGUUUGACCGGAAGCAUUUUGAAUUGCUAUAUGAUAUGGGGCCUCCACCCCACUCCACUCCAGGGGAACAUUGCAAUGAAUUGGCUCUUUUCCCACUUUUA